AUAAACAACCAAAAUUAGGGUUCUAUUGUAUGUAUUUCCCAAUCCCCAAUUCCUAUUCCCCAUUUCCCAGUCAUGUGUUUCGAUUGGAAUAUAUGAAUUGGAUCGAUUAACACAAGAGAACUGAACUGUGUUGAGAAGAUGACAAGCCCUUCAGAGAGAUACCAAAAACUUGGCUUAAGAGAGUCUCUACAAAAGUGUUACAGAUACCCAAUUGCCUGCAAAGAGCUAAGCUUUAUCCUCAGAGAAGCCUUUCAUCAAAUUCCCAAAAGUUUGCAAUCCAUAAUCUUCGAAGAUACCCUCUUGGCUUUUCGUCUCCUCCCAGAAAUAGAGACUAAGAGUGCUGUUUCAGCAGUCCACUUCCUCCUUCAGAGUGUAGAAGCAGCACUACCGAAUCGAAAAAAGAAUGUGGCUGUAACAGAAUUUAAGCAUGCUAUGGUUUCUCAUAAGAGACGCAGCAAAGCUCAACUGGUAGAGAAAGCUUCAGUGCAACUUCCACAAGAUAUUCUUGUACACGUUUUCAGUUUUCUUGAUAUGAAAUCUUUGGUUUCAGCGGGGCUAGUCUGCUGGUCAUGGAACAUAGCUGCAAAUGAUAACCGUCUGUGGCAGAUGCAGUAUGUUGUACUGUUCGGUAAUGGUGCUAAACUGAAGCAUACGAAACCGGUUGAGGGAAAGAACUAUAGGCUUUUGCAGGGAACCGUGGAUAAUAGACUUAUUACUAACUGGAAAGACAGUGUAAAAGGAGCAUACACUGGAGCAUUAUCUAGUAUAUUAACAACCAACAGGGGAUAUUGUGGACACUGCAAAUCAGUAGUUUGGCUAAAUAACGCAAAAUGUCCCAAUUUACACUCUGGAAUAUCUGAAAUUCAAGAUAUCAAGCCCGUAACAGCAUUCCAGGUUGUGGAAUAUCUUUUAGAUGAUUCUCUAUCCAUAACAUCCUCCUCAGACAGUGACAGUGAUUAUGAAGGAGGGCCAGUUUCCAAGUUAUGGGCAUAUGGGAAGUUCAGGAAGUAACAAUAUUUUCCUUUCACUGAAAUGCUUCUCUGAAUAAAUUUCUUUGUAAUCAUUUAUGGAAAAAGUAACAUUAGAGAAGCCAAUUUGGUAACAGAUUUUUGGCCUCUAGUUCAUGCCUAUACAGUUAGAUGUAUUACACUGCACAUAUCUCUUUUGCUUAGAGAUUCUAUGGGCCUACCUGUGAUUUGUGUAUUUGUUUGGGCUUUCUCCUCUUUAAUACAAAAAAAGGACUAAUAUAAAUAUUAAUUAAUAUGGAAGGACAUAAUUCAGUAGUAAUUUUUUCACUUAAGUAUGUGCUGAGAUAUUGAAUUUCUAGACCGUGUAUAUGUAAAAAUUGUCGUAACUAAUUCAAGUUUCUAGUUGUAUGUAACUAAGUCAAGUUUCUAUGAAUAGAGCCAUAUCUGAAACAAUAAUAUAGAGUGUUUUAUUCAGAAUAUACACGGUCUAUUAUUUUGUUCCCUAUUAACAAGUGGUUAGAUCAUCAAGAUUUGGGUAGUCAUGGCUUUGAAUGGAGGAGGAAAUUUCUUGUCCACUUUGCCAAUUCUGGAUGACAAAAAUUAUGACCACUGAGUGAUUAGAAUGGAGAUCAUUCUUGGUUAUCAAAAGUCCUUGAAACUGUGAAAGGAGGCAUUGGUGAAAAGGAAAAGGAGAUGCGACAACCAAGAAAAGAGACUUCAAGGCACGCUGUUUACUUCAUCAAUGUGUGAAUCUUGUAACUUUGAGAAGACUAGGAAAGUGAAGUUGUAAGAUAUCUCAGAAGGCAGUAUGAGCUACUGUCCAUGCUUGAUCAAGAAUUCGUGGCAAAUUAUUUUAGUAGGCUACAGCUGUUGGUGAAUUCCAUAAGACCAUGGAGAAGUGGUGACAGGACAAAAUAUGGUAGAGAAAGUCUUGUGGACAUUAUCCUUCAAGUUUGACUACAUCAUUUUUGCAAUAGUAAGAGUCCAAGGAUAUUGCAAAGAUGAAAGAGUUCCAAGGGUCGUUGGAGGCUCAUGAAUUGAAGUUGUUAUCAAGAAAUUCUGACAGGGUCAUUG